AUGCCCCCUCCUCUGCUCCAUCCUCGCUCGCCGGCCGGUGGUUGGGAUGGCGCGCGGGGGCGCGGCCCCGCACCACGUCGCUGUGUUCUGGAGCUUCUCUACCUGCUCUGGAUUUGGCGCGAGAAAGGCGAUACCGGCGACGAAGCCGAGAAGUCCUCUGCGCGUCGCGAACAGGAGCAGAGCUGAUGAGGUGGGGGGAUUUAAGUGCAAAAUAGCAGCGAUCGUUGGAUUGAGAUCGGAUGCUUCGUAUUCACGGAUUGCAUGAUUGCACAGUUAAGCCGAUUGCAUAGGAUAUGUCUCCCCGUGAACCUGGUGGGCGACGACGCGUCCACACCAAGUGAACACCUACAGUACUUGGAGCUGCACCUGCUCGACAUGAUCCAUGCCUUUUACAUCAAGGCGCUUGCCGCACUGCCAAUAAGGAGUGAUCCCAAGAUCCUACGUGCUUUCCUUGUGGCUGGGCAUUGUUAUGGCCCCCUGGACCCUGUGUGUAACAUCAUCAUGAACUCCUGCUGGUACAACUUGGCCUUCCCGCUGCGCAACCAGGUCGAAGCUCUGAAUUCGUACAUACCGCGCCUCAAGUUACCAGGGUGCUUCGAUGAAGGCGCCUAUCGCUGCAACCUCGAAUUACCUGAUGGCAUCGUCGACACCAGUUCAAUGGCCCGCUUGGCGUACCGUUCCCUCGAUGGCCUUGUCGAGGCCCUCUGCGUCGGUGCUUCCAUGUCGCGGCACCAGGCCCUUGAGUUCCUCUGCACCUCAAACUGUGACGUCUCUAGAGCUCUCAUCCACCCUGCUGUCUUUGCUGAUGCGGCCAGGGCGGCCAAACACCCCCAGCAUGCUGAGUUUGGAUCAUUCCUCAGUUCUCGUUGCUCGGCCGACAUGAUCUACAGCAGCCUGCCAGUGCCAGCGAUGUUUAUCUACCCACUUUCCACUGAGUACCCAUUCGAAUUUAUCCCUAGAAAGCCUCUGCAAAAUGAUGAGGCUCCCACCUACACGCUGACGGUACCUGCCGCUGAAAAGGUUAUGAGCAAGAAGUUUUUUUGUCUGGGAGACGCUGGACUUCCUUAGGGCCAAGCUUGAUGUGGUGCUACGCAAGUACAACUACCAGCAUCCAUGGGAACCUGCUUUUGAGCUUGAUGUCAUCUGUGGAGUGAAUGAACCAUCCUUCCGUGGUAGUGUGUACCAUGUCAAUUUUCUUGCACGCUCAGAUGGUGAAGCUAGGCCUGGACACACCCUUUUCUUUGCUGAGUUAGGGGUUCAAUCGAUGCCAGAAAAAUCUUCAAGCUGCAGCCCGGUGUAUGAUUACAUUGAACGCGUCG